AGCAGAGUAACCAAGAGAACUGCUGAAAACAGCUGUGACAUCCGUUUUCUGGAGACUGCUAAGAAAGGAGGAAGGGGAGCUCACUUCGACUCAAAGCCUGGGUUUGACUGAAGUGACAGCACAACCCCUUUCCCGACCCCACAGCCGGAGUGUCACUUCUUCAGAAGCGUGCUUCUAGAGAACAGUGAAGUGAUUUACGGCCCGAAAGAUGAGCAAUCCUCAAGACAGAGGCAGAAAAAGUCCCAGAGCGACAGGAAGCUGGUUCAGGAGCCUGCUGGUUCCUGAUGCAUAAACUAGACAGCAGCGGCAGCACCACCUAAUGUGGAGUUCGCGUCUGCCCUGGCCUGGCCUCUGUGAACAACUGCCAGGCUCCGGGCCAAGCCUCCUUCCUUCUCUCCACCGGCUGAUGGAUCCCACGGGGCUCCUCUCCUUGAACCUCCUGCUGCUUCUGUCCCUGACUUUUGAGCUGAGCCAUGGCACAGGUGGAAAUGUGCUGAACUGUCCGAAGAUUCUCCGGCAGUUGGGAAGUAACGUGUUGUUGCCUCUGAUGAAUGAAGGCAUAAAUAAGAGCAUGAACAAAAGCACCCGCAUCCUCGUCACAAAAGCAGAAUCACCAGGAAGCAAUGUCAAGACGAUUAUCGUGUCUGUCCAUCCAUACAAAGAGGACUCUCCAGAUUAUGUAGGCAACGGCUAUACGUUUCAUCUGGAAGACUUGAGCCUGGGCAUCCGGGAAAGCAGGAAGGAGGAUGAGGGAUGGUACUUCAUGGCUUUGGAGGAGAACAUCUCAGUCCAGAACUUUUGCCUGCAGCUAAGGCUUUAUGAGCAGGUCUCCACUCCAGAGAUUAAAGUGUUAAACAAGACUCAGACGAACCGGACCUGCAGCCUGAUGCUGGCCUGCACGGUGGACAAGGGGGACUAUGUGACUUAUAGCUGGAGUGAGGAGGCAGCCACUCACCCUCUAAACCCAGCCAACAACUCUCAUCUUCUGCACCUCACCCUUGGUCCCCAGCACGCUGACAAUAACUACACCUGCACCGUGAGCAAUCCCAUCAGCAACCACUCCCAGUCCUUCAACCCCUGGAUCAAUUGCAGGCCACAACGCCGAGUAUCGACACAGUGGGGCCUGUAUGCUGGGCUGCUUUUAGGGGGUGUCGCUGGUGUCGUCAUUAUUCUCCAAGUGGCGAAACUACUGUUGAGAAGAAGAGGUAAAGCAGACCAUUGCCAACCACCAAUGGAAACAAAGAGCUUCACUAUCUACGCCCAAGUCCAGACCUCAGGAGCUCUUCAGAAGAAACCUGACCCCCUGCCAGUGCAUGACCACUGCACCACCAUUUACGUUGCUGCCACAGAGCCUGACCCAGAGCCUGACCCAGAGCCUGUCCCAGAACCUGUCCCAGAGCCUGUCCAGGAACCAAGUUCCAUCACAGUCUAUGCCAGCGUGACACUUCCAGAAAGCUGACACCGCAGACCAAGACAGGGACUUUCUGAAGAAAAAAUUGGAAGAAACAAAAUAAACAUGGAACUAGGCCCUGAGACCCAAGUUCCUUAUGACAGACACUCCACACAGCUGCACCCUUCCCAGAUCGACUUCCUGGGGACGUUUCUUCCACAUCCACCUGUGCCACGGACACGGAAGUGAGGCCUCCCAAGCCUUUAGCCUGCUCUGCUGUGGGCGCAGGCACAGACCAGAGAGAUAGCUACUUUGUGUGUAGCAGACGGAACGGAUAGUGCGAGUCUAGAAAUCCAGGCGUCUUGCUCUUUGCUGUGACGGAUGAUAAAAAUCAAAGACGGAAAGCCAGGACAUCUAGGACCUAUCUCAAACCACUGACUGCCAGCCACAAAGUCUGGAGAAGUUUACAUUUCGGCGGUCUGUACUUUGUUCUGGGAGCUGACUCUGAUCGCCUGCACACCUGCCUCAGUUUUGCUCUUCGGAUGAAGGAUGAAUGAAGACUGGAGGGUGAAUUCCCUGUUCCAUGUAAAACACUCUGAAAUUAUUCUGCAAGGAAAGCUAAGACAAUCAGUAUUUUAUUUGCAAAACCUAGAAGCUAUUAAGUCAAUAAACUGAAAGAAUGUCUUAGAGGUCUCAGACCUUGGAACAGCAGAAUGGAAAUCAUCUACAACCUUUACAAGUACAGUUCUGUGCAAAGGGCACUCAGUUUUAAAGACAGUGGCAAGUGUUUGGUGAAGCUUUUACAAAGGGACUUGGAAUAGUCAGAAGAAUCUGUCCCAGGGUGCUUUUUCACUUCCACAAAUGACUUUUAAAUCCUAGUUCUCUGUAUUCCCUCCCCCCACCUUGAGUAACAAGCCUAGAGCCUCAGCUAAGACGUCUCCAGCCUUGUUCCAAACCUGUUUUCCAUUCAAGGACUCAUGUGGUAUUGCAGUCAGGGUCUCUAACAGGCACCUCCUACUCCCAGAAUACCUCUGCUCACACUAAACUUGUCGUUAAGUUGAAAAUUAAUUUAUUUUAGCCCAACAACUUCAACUGAUUGAAGGCUCAGUAACUGAGACUGCAAGCUACAGACAGAGCCCUACGAUAAGGUUCUAUUUUCUCCCUAGUCUCUCCUUCUGACAGACCAUCUUUAAUUUAAGAUUCAUUAAAAAAAUUUUUUUUUUAAUUUUUACAGGUUCUUGGAACAUUUUAAGAAAUAACCAGUUAUGGGAGCUUGAGGCCAGACCUAAGCUCAUGUAACCCAUGGUUAUAGGAGCCAGAUUCCACAUGACUGAGGUUUAAAUCCUGGCCCCAGUGGUUGAAAAGCAAACAAAACUUGUAGGAGUGCCUGCCCUAAAUCCUAAAGAGAAGGAGGAAUCGAGGAAAAGGGAUUGCAGCAUGACCACACCCCAUGGGGGAAGGGUGCUUCCCUCUCAGAUGAGUGCAUAUACCCUCUAGUGUACAAAAAAGGUGGGGGGAGAAAAGGAAAGAAAUUGCCAGUGAUGAUUCCAUUGCAUCUCAACAAUCACUAAUUUCCCAGCUCAAAAGUUGGGCCGUUAUUGCUUUGUAUUUUACCUCCUCUCUUCAUUCAAUUCAUAUUUUAUGUUCUGUUGUUUAGGGUGUCCCAUUUUCUGCUACCAAUGUUUGUAAUAGCAUACUUUGUUGCAAUCAACAGAAACUGACUUUGGACUUUUUUUAAUGUAGAAAAAAAUCUAUCAAAAAGACAUUGUUUGGUUCAAAUAACUCCUGGGAGGUUCUGCAAAAUCAUACUUUGAAAGUGAGCUGGAGAAAGGAAGACUAGGUGUAGCUAAGCCCACGAUCCAACUCAUAAAGCCAAUCCAGAGGGGCUGACCCUGGGCACCACAGCUGCUUGGCCACUGUCCCCAGCCUUAGACACAGUCUCCACCCUGCCUCACUCACUCUGUCCACUCUGUGGACAUGGAUACUCAAUAUUACUGUGACUGCUGUACUGUCUGCCACCCAGAUGAAUUCUCCAGGGUUCCUUCUUCGUAUUUUUAUCUCUCGCUUUUAAAUUAAACUUUGAGUUUGAGGGGGCUAGCCUUGAGUCACAUGUCCACAUCCUAAUUCCAACGAAGACUGAGAACUGAGUAUUCGGCACGUUUUACUUUCAUACUGCUGGUGGGCUCUGCCUCUGAUGUGUUAGGAAAUCCCUUAAAUAGUGGACGUCGGGUUCGGGUACUGGACAGGCUGUGAUGGUGAAUGUCCACCACCCUUGGCUAACCUUAGGCUCACUAGCUGUCUAUUCUCAGAACGAUGCAGCUACUACCAGGGAUUGGUAAACCCUGGGAUUAUGAACACUCAUAAUGCCUUUACUACAAUCAAAUUGCUCUGCAAGCUCAGGGCCAACACUUGGGCUUUUCCUGUAGCUGAAUUCUACCCAAUGGAAGGGUAGACACAAAGGGGAAAGAAGAGGCCAUGCCCUCAAAGUGUCCUGAGGCUCAGGACUACGCUGGGGUAUGAGCUGCAUCUUAGAAGGAAUCUUUGGAGUUGCCCAUCAAAUGACACUCGAUGUCAUUCCCCACCCCGAUGCCCGACCUGGGUUACAAGCUGGAAAGAAGAGAAUGCCUUCCAGCGACUCUUCAGCCAUUCUCUGGUUUCCCCCAAAUGGCGUGGUGUGUGGGCAGGCGCUCACCUUUUCUUCAGGCUUAAAAAAAUAAAACUGGUGGGGCUGGACAGUGGCACGGCAGUAAAAUACGACACUGAGAGGCUGACUCACGUGAGAAGGUUCUGGCUUCGUAUCCGGAGACCUCCCCGAAAAUGCUGGGCAUGUGUGCCAAUAACGUGGGAGUGGUAGAAGCUGAAGGUGGAUCACAGCUUCCAGACCCUGCUGUGGGUGCUGUCUCUGUGUCUCUGUCUCACUCAUGGAAAAAAAUUAAAAAAUAAAACUGAGACUUUAGAGUCUGGUUUCCCCAUGUUUCUCCUUGAGUGUUAUUUUCUUUUGAGCACACAUAUCUGAACUCUGGAGAAUUCAGGAGGAACAGACCCAUUCUCGGUUGUAAGGGACUAAUAUUCUGAAAUAAAACUGGGUGUGGCCCACACAUGUGUAGGACACUUACCAGGAUGUGCUUCUUAAAGGGUGCACAUGAUGGCUGCAAGUGCAUGUUCCUCCUGAUGUUUCUACUUCUCCGGAAUAAGUAAAACAGCGAAUCAUUAAGAAAAGUGCCAUUUGGUCUGUGUUUCCUAGAGGUUGCCUCGCACAGCACUGUGGCAAGACACACUCAUGGAGUGAUGUUGCUACAGAGUAUUUAUGAAGUCCUGACUGACUGGAUUGGAUAGGCUGUAAGGUUUGCCCUUUCCUGGGGGUAGAGAAGGGUUCAUGUUCCCUUCUAUCAAAGGUCGGAAACCACCCUCCACACCAGAAGAGAAUUGCAUUUAAAGAAUUGCUUAGCCUUUGUCACUGCUAGAGUAAUCCCGGGGACUACCCUGAACUUCCCCAAAUUCUCCUUGUAGAGGACAUCUAGAGAAGGGUGCCUCAAAUGUGGCACUAUUGACAUUUGGGAUGGGAUAGUUUUUUUGUGGGUGGGAUUGUCCCGCGUACUGUAGAACAUUCAGCAGCAUCCUGAUCUUGGUCCACUGCAGGCUGUAACGCAACCUCUGUCUUUCAUGGCAGUUCGAAGUGUCUAUAGACAUUGCCGCUGUUCCCUGGUGGGGAAUAUCUUCACCAGUUGAGAACUACUGAUUUGGAGAAAUGCUUCUUCCUUGUCAGUACUGAGUAAAUUCUUCUAUACACCAAGAAGCAGAUCUAUCAAAAACCGUAUUUUGAAAGUGGCCACCUGGUCAGUUUAGCACAGCCUACACCUGUCAACCUUCACAAAGUUAAUUAAGAAUUAGAAUCAUCUGGAUAACUUUUUUUAAAGAGAUAUUUUUGCUAUA